AUGGCCAAUGGCCAACUUGGAGUGAUCAGCCAGUCCGAGUCAAGAUCCUCACACCGCGAGUUCUACGUGAUCCGAGGGCCGGAGAACAUCAAGGCGCUUUUCAAAAACUCGUGGGCGUGCACGUCAGUCCCCUUCGUCAAGUUCGCCCUCGGAUACGCCUUUGGCUUGCCAGCCAAGGCCCUGACGUUGUGCGACAAGGACGACUCCGGCGGCGGCCGUGUGCCUCUCCCGGGCAGCAAUGUGGAGGCUCGCAAUCGUACCGACUACCUCGUGUACGAGUCCGUGAACCGAUUUCUGGAGGGCAGGGGGCUUUUGCCCUUCUGGGCCAGGUUCGUGGACAGCAUCACGCAGCAGUUACAUGGGCUGCAUGAUCGCAUCGGGAGCGGAGCAGAAGAUCACGCCGACCUGAUGAAAUUUGUUGGGGACGAGGCCACGGCCUCGAUCCUCAAUGCCCUGUGCGGUCCUUACCUUUUAAGCCUGAACCCAAACUUCUUACAGGACUUUUGGGACUUUGACCGCAACUUGCAGACCUAUCUUCAAGGGAUUCUCUGGUUUCUUGCUCCCAGGGCCUACGCAAUUCGUAGGAGAGUGUUGGACGCCGUCAAGAUCUGGCAGGAGCACGCUAGAGCCCACUUCGAUGGCUUGGCCGUCGGUGCUGACGGUGAUGAUCCGUUCUGGGGGAGUAGCUUCUUCCGGGAGAGGCAGGAGAUAUUCCUCCAGAUGGACGGUUAUGACCACGCUGGUAUCGCAUCACAGGACUUCGGAGCAAUAUGGGCAGUAAGGAAUUCCAUCACUGCUGCAUCGUGGGCCAUCUUCGAAAUAUACCGUGAUCCCGAGCUGCUCGCUAGUGUGAGGGCCGAGGUCGAUACCUGCGCGCUCAAACGUGAAGACGGGAGGAUCCGCUUCGAUGUCGACCAGUUGCUCCGGCUGCCGCUCCUCCAAGCCGUCUAUGCAGAGACCCUGCGCCUGAGAAUGCACUUCUACAUCAUCAGGAUGCCAGAUAGGGUCGACAUGAGCAUCCGGGAUUGGAUCAUACCAAGGCAAAAGGUUGUUGUGGCUUCGACGACAGUCGCACACAUGGACGUUGAGGCAUGGGACACGGGCUCGCAUAAUGAGCAGCCCAUAGACCAGUUCUGGAUCGGGAGGUUCCUCAAAUAUCCGCCAGAAAGUGAUAAAGGCAACGUAAAAGCGCAAAGCACUGCUUCUACUCCAGAAUUCUCGACAAAAGGGCUCGAGGGGUCCUGGAUACCCUACGGAGGGGGCCCGCGGCAAUGUCCUGGCCGGCACUUCGCAAAACGCCAGAUACUACUUACUACCGCCUUGAUGGUACGCCUGUUUGACUGCGAGAUACUUGAGGAAGGCAUGGAUGUGAAGGAAGACUUCACACUCAUGGGAUUUGGGAGUGGCGUGUCGCAUCCGGCCGGCAAGGUACCGGUGAAGAUACAGCGUAGAGACGGGAGCAAGAAAAGAGGCUCAAGCAUCAGACGCGGGAUGUAUACCGGCUUUCGAAGGCAGCAAUGCUAG